AUGUUUCAGCAACAAGGGCCUCCACCUCGGUCCCAGCUUUCCAGCCCUGGCCUAUCCGACAGCAGCAGUGAGAACUUGGCGAGUGGAAACUUCGGCUUCUUCAAGCUUUUUGCUUGUCCUUACGCCAAGCGUGACCCCGAAGGAAGACGGCACUGCUCCAAGAAAGCUUGGAAGUCAAUCCAUCGUCUUAGACAACAUAUUUAUCGCUGCCAUACUUUGCCUAUCAAGUGUCCAAGCUGUGCAAUUGACUUUGACUCUAGCCCAACCUUUAGAGAUCACAUUCAGGCUGCUGACGAUGGCGAUCACUGUGAGACGGACGAGCCUAUCAGAGGUCUCGAGAACCUCCUCGAGAAGCUUAAACCGAAUAAGGAUAGCUUGGCUGAGGUCUCUGACGAGGAGAUGUGGCGGGUCCUCUACUCCACUCUAUUUCCCAACGAUCCCAAAGACGCGAUUCCCAGUCCCUACGUGGAAGGGGAUCAGCUAGCACAUGUCACCGUGUCGUCACAUGGAUCCGACCGAUCAACUCCCAGCCUCCGUUCUGUCCCCUUGUGCCAUACGCCCAACUUGCGGCCUGGUCUCAACAGUCGAGGUGUUUCCUACCAAGACAGUGAAAUCACUCCAGCCCCUCGCCACCCAGCCUCUGUCGCUAGCAGAGGCUCGCUAUUCGCUGUCGCUAACGAGACCACUUCUCCAUGCCCAUCUCCUCAACCUCCCACCCCAAUCUACAGCCGUCCCCAAACCGCCCGCACAAACAGCCAUGGCUUCAACCCUCAGUAUGUUAGGGAUGAGUACUAUCAAACUCCCUCUCCCACCUCCUCUCAAGCUCCCAGCCUCCAAGGUGAGCGAUCACCAUCUCCGAAAGGAGGAAAACUGAGGAAGGAGCGAAAUGUCAAGACCAUGGAAGCUCAAGUUACUGCCUUCAAAGCUUGGGAGAAGCCUCACCGGACUGACGAGCACAGCAACCCUGGUGAAUAUCAGGGCGUCUGGAAGUAUCUUGCCCGCUGUCUGACCUUUUACAUCCCAUCAUGGCUUCUCGAGAAGUUCUUCAAGAUGGACGAUGCGCGACGCCGCAUGGCCUUUCGACAAAAGGUUUUCUUUUGCCUUCUCCUCGCCGCGAUCUACACCGUCAUCUGCUAUUUCCUCAUCUUCCAACCAAUUGUCAGCUGUGUUAUUAAAGUCGACAUUGGCAUGUUUGGCACUGAUAGUCAGUUCUGCGAGGCGACAAGGUGGCUGAUCUAUGUCUACAUGGGUCUUGGUGGUGCCUUCAUGCUCCUCGUUGCGAUAUGUGUCAUGCGGGUUCGGUACAGGAGUCGCAAAUUCGAGGAGCAUGACGAUCUGCUUGUCAUGCAUAUGCCCUGCUACAAUGAGGACGAGGCUACGCUUCGUAAGACGAUUGAUUCAUGCGUUGAUUCAAGCUACGAGAACAGCCGCAAGCUUCUCUUCAUCGUCGCUGAUGGAAAGAUUCCUGUCGAUGGGCGGAAGCCGAGCCACAGGAUUCUGGUUGAGGAUAUUUUCCAGCAUGAGGCAGAUCCCGAGAUGGGCAUCGACAAUGAGGCCAAGUCGUAUACAUCUUUUGACUUGGAAGGCGUAUCUGAGAACAAGGCCCACUGCUACACCGGCUUCUUCCGAGGCGUGCCCUAUGUCCUUAUCACCAAGGUUGGACGCGACGAUGAGCAGGACCACGCCAAACCUGGAAACCGAGGCAAACGCGACUCGCAGCUUCUGGUCUACAACUUCUUCCACUACGUCAACUACCGUCGACUUUGGAGCCCGCUCUUUGAGAAGAUCGAGUUUCAAAUGCGGGCCUGCCUGAACAUUGAUGCGACUGAAGCCAUGCACAUGUUGGUCGUCGAUUGCGACACUGUACUUGAGAAGACCGGUAUUUCAUACCUGGUUCAUCAACUUCAGAAGAACCACAGCCUCAUCGGAGUUUGUGGUUACACUGGUGUCAACAAUCCUUUCGCCAGCUAUGUCGCCAUGACUCAAGUCUUUGAGUACUGGCUCACUCACGCCGUUCUCAAGGCCGUCGAGACUGUCUUUUCCAAUGUUUUGGUUCUUAGUGGAUGCUUCACCAUUUACCGACUCAAGUGGCCAAACAACAGACCAGCCAUCUUACAUCCUCUCCUCUUGGAGGAUUAUGCUGGAAGCUAUGACAAGACAUUGCACGAACACAACCUUUUGUCCAUCGGCGAGGAUCGCUACUUGUCGACCCUAGCAAUUCGUUACUUUGGAGCUGAUUGUCGACUGCAAUACUUCUCUGCUGCCACCUGCACAACUACAGCUCCUGACACCCUCUCAGUACUUCUCGACCAGCGUCGUCGAUGGACCAACUCCCUCAUCCACUGCCAUUUCUCCCACCUCAACGUCCUCCCCUUCGAAGCAUCGUUCUGGACCCAGCUUAGCCGCAUCCAGACCAAUUUGUACCAGCCCUCUCGAGGUUCUGAGCACAGCUCCCAAAGUAGCGUAGUCAAUUGGCCCAAAGAAACCUUUCAUAAGAGCCCUGCUGUCCUACCUCCGUCUUCCACCGGCGACCCUGUUCCAUCUUCAUCUACCACCGGUAUACCAGACAUCAAAGGUGCUGCCAUGGCUUACUAUAGCCAAGUUCUCAACAGAGAAGACUUUUAUCCUCAAGCAAGUUCGGGUGCUCCAGCCUAUUAUCCUGUCUCCAGUCCCUAUUACCCUCCCGGUCGCAGCUAUCCGAGCGACAGCAAGCCUGGUUUAACUCCAACCGCUAUCGAAUUGGGGACGUUCGACGCUCAUCACAACCACAAGAAUGAUUAUAUGCCGCCGUGCCCCUCGCACCCAACUCCACGAUACCAACGCUGGUGGAGCAGAAUCGGCUACUUCGGUCUGUGGGUUUUGGGCCUCGGUACGAUCAUAAUACUGGCUGCAUGUUCACUCCUUGUGUACAUAUGGAUAGGCUCUAAGUUGGCUAGGGAUAGGCGCCCCCGAGGGGUGCUGUGGGAUUCGAUAGUCGUAGAUGGCUACGCAACUCGCGUCAUCACUGUCUGCUCGGCCGCUAUUCGCGUAGCAAUCGCCUUCCAGACUGGUCUUUUAGCUGCUGCAAUGGCAGCUUUUAUUCUGGAGACAACUGGGUCGCGACUCUCCAACCUUGCAUGUUUAUCCAUUGCAAGAGCCGCCAACUCAACCCCAUGGGAGAUUUACUGGAUGGCCUCCCAACAGCGACUCAAACGAAGCGCAACGAAAUUCCUACAAUGCUCGAUUCCUCUUCUCGCUUUCCUUGUCAACCUCAUUACCACGUUCACAUCAACCGUUCUCCUUUUUGACUUAACCAUGACUUCUGUCGCGGUCCACAACGGUACGACAUCGAUAAAUGUCGGCAUCGACAUGCACAAGGACAUAGCCGACUUCUCUGGCGUCUCGUAUUGGCAGUCCAAACCAAUGGCGCAUUGGAGGUUUGCCGAAACCCGCCCGUCAACCCCUAGCAACUUGACUGUUCCGAAGGGUGUAGCAGACACUGGAGAUGUUUACCGAGCUGCUCUACCACUCGAGAAUGUCGACGAUCGAACGUCUUUGGAGUUCCUAUCGGGUCCCACUAUUGUCGCCAACCUGAGAACGAUAUGUGUGGCACCCACUUUCAGCAAUUCUACCCUGGUCUACAAGACUGCGGAUACCUUUACUACUGAAGGGUUGUAUCUAGAAGCUGUACUCGACCCUUCCACUGGAUGGGAAAGAGGUCCCAAGGUCAACGGCAACAACUCGCUACAAUUUUCUUGUCGUCUUAAUAACGAUUGGAAUCAAACAGAUUCCGUGGCCUGGCCACUUUCCAUGUGCACAUUUACCGAACUCAAACUCAAGGAUAGUCUUAAAGACGUUGACGAAGGUCUUCAGAACCCUCUUUCAGGUCAGCCUUACGCAUUCCAACCAGUCAUCCUUUUGAAUUCGAGCGAAGUCUUGAAUGGCAGGAUAAGGGGAUGGAAUGAGACUUCCCAGGAUUGGACUCCGGUAGUGAUACCGGAAUGGGUGCAGCCGUCGAAGAUAGCAGGAAAUGCCACGUGGAGUAACGCGGUAACGAAGAACGGAACCGACAUUUUCCAGGCUAGUGUAUGUUUCAUCACGCACAACAUGCCGUUAUUAUAUAACGUCACAAUGACAGGGAAGUCAAUCUCAGCCGAACCCAAGUCUCAACCAAGAUGGAGAAAGCUACACGCCAAGACUGGAACAGAAUUCAUCAACCAGCUCGGUAUAGGUGUUUUACCCUCAGAUUACGAGACACGCGGCAUCCUUGACCUUGACGUUCGUUCGGGGCCGCGGUUCUUUGGUAUAAACAACGAGGGUACCAAUGCCACACUCUACGACUUUAUCGGAUCUGCUCUUUUCGACUACAGUAAUACAGGAGGAUGGGCUUUCAACAAUGACGCUUCCAUGGGCUACGUUGAUUCCUCCAUUGCGUGGCUAGCUCACCCGGAGCAUUCUCUCCUGCUACAGACAGUCCUCCAAGAAACAGGAGACCCUGCUGAAGCUCUGAAGAACCUCUUCUCUAGGUUCUACCAGAUGAUCUUUCAUGAUAUGCUCCCUUACUAUACCGCAGAACAGUCAUUCGAGUUGGCCAACGCAAAGCAGGUUUUGAUUCCAACGAGGUGGACAGGUCUCAUCAUCAUCCUGUCAGUUUUAGUUGUCCACCUUGCUCUGAUGUUAACGGUGGUGUGGUUAUUUGCGAUGUCUACGGGUAUAUCUACGUUGGGUAACGCAUGGCAGGCGGUAACCCAGAUCGUAUCUUCCGAAACAACACCGGUUCUUCAGGCUGUGUCUAAUCAUAGCAUGACGGAUGCGGACGUUAAAGAGUGGGCGAAGUCGACAGCAUAUGAUGAAAGGUCCUAUGGUUUGUCAGGUUAUGUUAGUAACGGUGAAUCGGGGAUGUGGAGGCGCUGA